GAUUUCUUCGUGAGCUAAUUAUUGAAUAAAAGCGCAUAGGUGCACUCAAUUCUCAUAUUAGCUCUACCUUGCCAUGUGUCUCUGAGCUCACCGCAGCACAGUUGAUUAUGAUAUCCAAUCCCUUCCUCUUUAUAGUUUCUGGAAUAUACUGCACCAACUUCACGACCGCGUCUUCAUUAGAGAGUUCGAGAUGUAUAAAGACCACACGCUCCGAUCCAUUUCCGGCUAUUGCUUCGAGGGCAGGACUACACUGUCGGGCUGCUGCCACUAAACCCAGUAUUCCACUAACCCUAUUUGGUACGCGAUCACCAUUUGUGAUUCACAUCGGGACAGCCACAGACGGUCUAUUCUUGUAGUGUGGCCUCUGUUACCUUCCCUUCCGCUUUCAGCAAGUC